CGCCGCCGCUGAGCGCCCGGGUCCCGGGUCCGGCCCGGUUGCCGCCGCCUUAGUGACCCCACUCCCCCCGCACUGGGUCUCCCGGGCCAGAGUGGGGGACCCCUGCGGCCCCGCCCCCCUCUUCCCCAAUACCGUCCCCUCUCCCACACCCCCCUAGCCUGCGCGCGCGCGGAGCUGCCUCAGUGUCAGCUCCACCUACAGGAGGAGGGUCUACUCUCCAAACAACACAACUGGGACCACUCUGGAGUAAGACAGUGUUUCCACUCCAGAGGCUGGUGAAGCCUGCAGAAGUUGUAGGUUGGAGUUUACUCUAAGAUGGACAUAGAAGACUGCAAUGGCCGCUCCUAUAUGUCUGGUAGCGGGGACUCAUCUCUGGAGAAGGAGUUCCUCGGGGCCCCAGUGGGGCCCUCGGUGAGCACCCCCAACAGCCAGCACUCUUCUCCCAGCCGCUCACUCAGUGCCAACUCCAUCAAGGUGGAGAUGUACAGCGAUGAGGAGUCAAGCAGACUGCUGGGGCCAGAUGAGCGGCUCCUAGAAAAGGAUGACAGUGUGAUCGUGGAAGACUCGUUGUCAGAGCCCCUGGGCUACUGUGAUGGAAGUGGGCCAGAGCCUCACUCCCCUGGGGGCAUCCGGCUGCCCAACGGCAAGCUCAAAUGCGACGUCUGCGGCAUGGUCUGUAUUGGACCCAAUGUGCUCAUGGUGCAUAAGCGCAGCCACACGGGUGAAAGGCCGUUCCACUGCAACCAGUGUGGUGCCUCCUUCACCCAGAAGGGGAACCUGCUGCGCCACAUCAAGCUGCACUCGGGGGAGAAGCCUUUCAAAUGUCCCUUCUGUAACUAUGCUUGCCGCCGGCGUGACGCGCUCACCGGCCACCUCCGUACACACUCGGUCUCCUCUCCCACAGUGGGCAAGCCCUACAAGUGUAACUACUGUGGCCGGAGCUACAAACAGCAGAGUACCCUGGAGGAGCACAAAGAGCGGUGCCACAACUACCUGCAGAGUCUCAGCACUGAAGCCCAAGCUCUGGUGGGCCAACCAGGUGAUGAGAUCCGUGACCUGGAGAUGGUGCCAGACUCCAUGCUGCAUUCAUCCUCAGAGCGGCCAACUUUCAUUGAUCGGCUGGCCAACAGCCUCACCAAACGCAAGCGCUCUACCCCCCAGAAGUUUGUAGGAGAAAAGCAGAUGCGCUUCAGCCUCUCAGACAUCCCCUACGAUGUGAACUCGGGUGGCUACGAGAAGGAUGUGGAGUUGGUGGCACAUCACGGCCUAGAGCCCGGCUUUGGAGGUUCCCUGGCCUUUGUGGGGGCAGAGCAUCUGCGUCCCCUCCGCCUUCCACCUACCAACUGCAUCUCGGAGCUCACACCCGUCAUCAGCUCUGUCUAUACCCAGAUGCAGCCCCUCCCUGGUCGGCUGGAGCUUCCAGGGUCCCGAGAAGCAGGUGAGGGACCCGAGGACCUGGCUGAUGGAGGCCCCCUCCUCUACCGGGCCCGAGGCCCCCUGACCGACCCUGGGGCAUCCCCCAGCAAUGGCUGCCAAGACUCCACAGAUACAGAGAGCAACCACGAAGAUCGGGUUGGGGGGGUGGUAUCCCUCCCUCAGGGUCCCCCACCCCAGCCACCUCCCACCAUUGUGGUGGGCCGGCCCAGUCCUGCCUACGCCAAAGAGGACCCCAAGCCGCAGGAAGGGUUACUGCGGGGCACCCCGGGCCCCUCCAAGGAAGUGCUCCGAGUGGUGGGUGAGAGCGGUGAGCCCGUGAAGGCCUUCAAGUGCGAGCACUGCCGAAUCCUCUUUCUGGACCAUGUCAUGUUCACUAUCCACAUGGGCUGCCAUGGCUUCAGAGACCCUUUCGAGUGUAACAUCUGCGGCUACCACAGCCAGGACCGGUACGAAUUCUCUUCCCACAUUGUCCGGGGGGAGCACAAGGUCGGCUAGCCACCUACCUACCGCCUUCCCUUCAGUCUGCCACUCCACUGCCUCCCUACAGGAGUCUAGCUCUUUCCCCAUUCAUCCCAAGGAGCUUGGCUCGGUAGCCUCCUCCACUGGCUACCAGACUUCACACUUGACCCUGACUCCUCCUUGCCUAUUCUCCUCUACCCUGACUGACUUAAGCAUUGUGAUGAAACAGGCCUUUUUGCUUAUGUUUCUCCUCUUCCUCUUCUCUCAUCCCAGUAUAGUCAGAGUUAUUUAUUGAUAUAAUUUGUGGAUUUUUCUUUUGGCUUUUUCUCUUAACUUUGAUCAGUCAUCCGCCACAGCCCACAGACCACUCCCACUUUAGGCCUAAUUUUUCUUUCUUUGAUGCAGCUUUCUCUAACAGCCCUCGGGGUAGGAAGCUCCUCUUAGUCCUAAGAGUUCUGAGCUUCUCGUGUUAAGUCCUCACCUUUUGCAUUAUCUGAUUCUUUCCUUUUGAUGCUGAUAGCUCCCUCUGGCCCUACCUGAGCUCUGUGGCAUUAUAUCUCCUCUCUGGGACCCUCCCACCUGGUACUCCAUACCUCUUGUGCCCUCUCAUGUUAGGCAGCUUGCACUAUGCUUGAACAAAUGAAGAAUUUCCUCAUUGGGAAGUGGGAGGGGCUGAAGAAAUUCUCCCUAGGCACUGUGGGGCUAAGGGUCCUCUUGACGUUCCCCUAGUAAUAUGAGUUCCUCAAAGCCCACAUCUGGGAAUCUCCCUCUGGGAUGUGAUCUGUCUCUUCUCUCCUCAAACAACCCCCAACACUGCUACUCUCUUCAAUCUGCCAGUCUACUCAGUGGUGGUUUUCUCUUCUUGGAGUGCCCCAAUUUUAUAUUCUCAGGGGCCAAGGCUAGGUCUGCAAUCCUAUCUCUGACAUGUUGGGAGCCACAGGUGCCUAACUGGGAACCAGGGCAUGGGAAGGGGGUGGGUUAAAAUUCUUCUCUUUCUCUUCCACCUCUGAUCUUCUUCACUCUAGUGACCUUCCUAGGCUCUCAGGGGCUCCUGCCGUCCCUCUCCUAUGAGAAACUAGUGGGUUGCUGCCUGAUGACAAGGGGGUAUCUCAACCCCUCAGUCAUGCUGCCUUCUUCUUCUCCCCGCUCUAGGAUUCACCCUCAUUCCCAGGCUUCUUGGCCCUGUUCUUAGGAUCAGUGGCAGGGAGAAAAGGGUGUCUCUUUUCUCUCUUCUAAUUGUCAGUAUAUAACCAAAAAUUAUCCCAGGACGAGGAAGGGCAUUUGCCCCUCACCUCAUUCCAUUCUUGUCCUGGCAAGAAUGGGAUGGGCGCAACUGAACCGGGGGUCAUCCUCUACUGCCCCCUUCUACACUCAGUUCCCAGAUGUAGGGCAGGAGGGGCCUUGCUCCUCCUGGCUACAGCAGAGACCCCUGGCUUUUUGGGUAACCUAGUUAGUGAGAAGGGGGCAGGAGGAGAUACGGCUCCACUGUGAGUGGAGUUCUCUACAAGCGUUUCCUGCCCAAGGCCACAGCUAUCCCAUUCUCUGCUUCCUUGAGAUUCAAACCAAAGGCUGUUUUUCUAUAUUUAAAGAAAAAAAAAAAAAAAGAAAGUAAAAACCAAACACAGCACCUCACAAGUUGUAACACUUGGUCCUUCUCUCUCUCUCCUUUUCUCUUCCCUUCCAUCUUUCUUUCCAUAUGUCCUUUCCUUAUUGGCUCUUUUGCCUCCUACUUUUCUCACUCCCUAUCAGGGAUAAUUUAGGGGGAUGGUGAAGGGUUGGCUAAGGAAAAGACCCUGGGAUGGGGGCUCCUAAGGGCUCUAAGAAGAGUCUACCUUACCCUCUAUGGGAAGGGAGACCCUAGAAAAACUUUUCUCCCUUCCUUUUCUCCCCCAUUAUGUAGUUUCCCUAAGAGAACCAGAUUGUCAAGGAGGGGCAUUGUGGGUUGUUUCCUUCUUGACAAUGUAGCAAUAAACAGAUGCUGCCAAGGGCAGAGGAUGGGGGUGGGGGCUACCUGGAAGGAGAGUAGUCUUUAGAGAAGGGGAGAGGCUUCUCCAGUACCCCAGGGAACUGGAUCCUUCUUUCAGGAUGGCAGCAGAGCUGAGAUUAAUAUCUAGGGUUCUCCUCAACUGUUCUGGUUAUUGAGCCCCUUCCUGUUAGACUUACCCCUUACCACCUCUUCUGCGUCUGCUGUGUAUCUGGUGACACCUCAUAAGAACUAGUCCCUUCUGGGGUACCAGAGCCUUAGGGUGCCCCAUCCCCUCCCCCAGUCAGCUCUGGCACCUGUAACCUCCUGGAACAUGAAGGACUAUGCUCUGAGGCUAUACUCUGAGCCCAUGAGAGCAGAGACUGGAAGGGCAAGACCAGGUGCUAAGGAGGGGAGAGAAGGGCACUCUGUCUCUCUCCAGACCAUCACUGCACUUUAACCAGGGUCUUAGGUACAAAAUCCUACUUUCCAGAGCCUUCCAGCUCUGGAACCUCAAACAUCCUCAUGCUCUCUCCCAGCUCCUUUUGCAUAAAAAAAAAAAGUAAAGAAAAAGAAAAAAAAAAAAACAUUGAAACCCACAUGGAGAAAAGAGGUGUUUUCCUUUUAUAUUGAUAUUCAAGACCAACACCACACAAGAAAAUUUCUAAAUAGACACUUUUCCAGACCUUUGUUUUUUUGUGUCUGUGUCCAAGCUGCGGAUGGGAUUUUGUAAUACUUUCAGCAGCUUCUUUCCUUGUGUACAUAAUAUAUAUAUAUUAUAUAUAUUUUUAAUCAGAAGUUAUGAAGAAAAAAAAAUAAAACACAGAAGCAAGUGCAAUACCACCUCUCCUCUCUCUCUCCCAGGGUUUCAUUUGUAGCCUAUGCUUGGUGUCUCCCUUGGACCUUACCCUUUCACCUUGCCCUCCUCUUCCUUUGGUUCUCCCUCCCCCUUUUUUUAAAGAGUUUUUCUCCUUUCUCAAGGGUAGUUAAACUAGCUUUUGAGACUUAUUGCAAAGCAUUUUGUAUAUGUAAUAUAUUGUAAGUAAAUAUUUGUGUAACGGAGAUAUACUACUGUAAGUUUUGUACUGUACUGGCUGAAGGUCUGUUAUAAAUAAACAUGAGUAAUUUAACAACC